GCCCGCACCGAGGAGCGCUGUGGCCGCGGUGGUGGCCGAGCAGGCGGGGAUGGCGGCGGGGCUCGCUGCGCGCGCGGUGCCCGGGGCUGCCGGCCGGCGCCUGGGGCUGCUGCUGGCGCCGCUGCUGCUGGCCCCGCUGCUGGCGCGGCCCGCCGAGGCGCUGGUGGAGGGGCUGUACUGCGGCAGGCGCGACUGCUACGAGGUGCUGGGCGUCAGCCGCUCGGCCGGCAAGGCGGAGAUCGCGCGGGCCUACCGCCAGCUGGCCCGGCGCUACCACCCCGACCGCUAUCGGCCCGAGCCGGGCGACGGCCCCGGGGACGCGCCGCCGAGCGCCGAGGCUUUUCUGCUAGUGGCGACCGCCUACGAGACGCUCAAGGAUGAAGAGACACGGAAAGAUUAUGACUACAUGCUGGAUCACCCCGAGGAAUACUAUAGCCAUUACUACCACUACUACAGCAGGCGCCUGGCCCCCAAAGUGGAUGUUAGGGUGGUGAUUUUGGUCAGCGUGUGUGCCAUUUCAGUGUUUCAGUACUUCAGCUGGUGGAAUAGCUACAAUAAAGCCAUCAGCUACCUGGCCACAGUGCCCAAGUACCGCAUCCAGGCCACAGAGAUUGCCAAGGAGCAGGGGCUGCUCAAAAAAGCCAAAGAAAAGGGGAAAAGCAAGAAGUCCAAAGAAGAAAUCCGUGAUGAGGAGGAGAACAUCAUCAAGAACAUUAUAAAAAGUAAGAUAGACAUAAAGGGGGGCUAUCAGAAACCCCAAGUCCGUGACCUUCUCUUGUUUCAAGUCAUCCUGGCUCCUCUUCACCUGUGUUCAUACGUUGCCUGGUAUUGUCGAUGGAUCUAUAAUUUUAACAUCAAAGGCAAAGAAUAUGGGGAGGAAGAGAGACUCUACAUCAUACGGAAGUUUAUGAAGAUGUCCCAGUCUCAGUUUGACAGUCUGGAGGACCAUCAGAAAGAAACGUUUCUUAAGCGGGAGCUUUGGAUAAAGGAGAAUUAUGAGGUCUACAAGCAGGAACAAGAGGAAGAAUUAAAGAAAAAACUGGCAAAUGAUCCUCGGUGGAAGCGAUACCGUAGAUGGAUGAAGAAUGAAGGGCCCGGACGGUUGACAUUUGUGGAUGACUAAUGGAAAGCUGCUAUGCCAAACUUUGUGAUAUUGCUUUUAUAGCAAUUAUCUGAGAUGUAGCUGCUGCACUCAGCAGUAACUAAAGUUCACGACCAUAUGAUUAAACAGAAUAAUGUAAGAAUUUCAACUUUCCCUUAAAACUUUAUACAGAAGACAUUUAUGAUGGUUCAAUUUUUAUAAUCUAUUUGUGAAUUUUGUUAAAAAAAAACAUUUGACAUGGGGACUUAUUAGUUGCCAUUUAAAAUUUUUAUAUGUUUAGUUAAAUUUGACAUGAAAUUUAUUAGAUACCAUUUAAAACUUC